AUGGGCCCAGCAACCCAGGCAAACAUCCCAGACCCUACGGCGGACCUUCGCUGGUCCGACUUCAAGGGUCCAAUCCACGACAUCUUUGCUGCCAACGCGCGCAAGCACCCCGAGCGACGAUGCGUCGUCGAGACUGCAACAGCCAGGACGCCAGAGCGCGCAUUCACAUACAAGCACAUCUUCGACGCCGUCUCCGUGCUCUCGCAUCACUUCGUGCAGAGCGGGAUCCAAAGAGGAGACGUUGUCAUGAUCUUCGCCCACCGCGGCGUUGACCUGGUCGUUGCCAUCAUCGCCGUUCUCGCGGCAGGCGCGACCUUCUCAGUGCUGGACCCACUAUACCCCCCGGACCGGCAAUGCAUCUACCUCGAGGUCUCCCAGCCCCGCGCGCUCGUAGUCAUCAACAAGGCCACACAAGAAGCCGGCCCAAUCUCCGACCAGGUCCGCCAGUAUAUCGCAGACAAUCUGCAGCUCAGGACCGAGGUGCCAGCCCUCGAGCUCACCGAUGACGGGUCCCUGGUUGGCGGCGCCAGAGACGGCAAGGACGUCUUGGCGGAGCAGCAGCAGCGCAAGGCAGAGCUGCCCGCCGUGCUCGUCGGCCCAGACUCGACACCCACACUAUCCUUCACGUCUGGAUCUGAGGGCAAGCCCAAGGGUGUCAGGGGCCGACACUUCUCCCUGACGCACUACUUCCCGUGGAUGGCAGAGACAUUCGGACUCUCUGAAAACGACAAGUUCACUAUGCUGUCCGGCAUCGCCCACGACCCGAUCCAGCGAGACAUCUUCACACCCCUGUUUCUUGGCGCUCAACUGCUUGUACCGAGCAAGGAGGACAUCCAGCACGAGAAGCUUGCCGAGUGGAUGCGCAAGUACGGCGCGACCGUUACCCACCUGACACCGGCCAUGGGUCAGAUUCUGGUGGGAGGUGCUUCGGCUGUCUUCCCAGCUCUUCACCACUCGUUCUUCGUUGGUGAUCUGCUCAUCAAGCGCGAUGUUAGGAGACUGCAGGCGCUUGCACCCAACGUUCGCGUCGUCAACAUGUACGGCACCACCGAGACACAGCGUGCGGUCAGCUACUACGAAGUACCGAGCGCGACCGAGGCCCCCGAGUUCCUGGACAGCAUCGGUGAGGUCGUUCCGGCUGGUCGUGGCAUGGACAACGUGCAGCUGCUCGUUGUGAAUCGCGACGACCGCAACAAGAUGUGCGGUGUUGGCGAGAGUGGAGAAAUCUACGUGCGCGCUGGCGGCCUUGCUGAGGAGUACUUGGGCCUGCCAGAUAUGACAGCGUCCAAGUUUGUCGAGAACUGGUUCGUGGAUCCCAAGAAGUGGGUGCAAGAGGACGAGCAGCGAGUUCAGAGUCAAAGCGCAGCUGAGCCAUGGCGGGAGUUCUACAAGGGCCCUCGCGACAGGCUCUACCGCUCUGGAGACCUCGGUCACUACGGUCCGGACGGCAACGUUCACUGCACCGGACGUGUCGACUCCCAGGUCAAGAUUCGAGGUUUUCGCAUCGAGCUCGGAGAGAUCGACUCUCAUCUGUCUGCCCACCCGCUGGUUCGCGAAAACGUCACGUUGCUCAAGCGCGAUGCUUAUGAAGACCAAACUCUUGUCAGCUACAUCGUUCCCGAGAUGAAGCGAUGGCAGGAUUGGCUCCAGGAGCGGGGCGCUAACGAGACCUCUACAGAGGAAACAGACAUGGUUUCCAUGCUCAAGCGCUUCAAGUACCUGAGAGACGACGUGCGUGAACACCUCAAGAAGAAGCUCCCGUCCUACGCCGUUCCAUCCGUCAUCGUGCCCAUGCUGCGAUUCCCUCUCAACCCCAACGGCAAGAUCGAUCGCCCGGCUUUGCCCUUCCCUGAGCCCAAGCAGAUCGCCGCGGCAGGUGCCAGGCGACCAUCGCAGCUGGGUCAAGCAUUGACCCCCACCGAGCAGAAGAUGGCUGAGAUCUGGGCUGAGCUUCUCAGCGACCGUGGCGUGACGGCCGAGAGCAUCAGCGGCACCGACUCUUUCUUUGAUCUUGGCGGACACAGCAUCAUCGCGCAACAGCUUCUCUUCAAGAUCCGCCAGGAAUGGAAGGACAUCGAUGUGCCUAUGACUACCAUCUUUCAAUACCCCACACUGCGCGCCUUCUCAGCCAACAUCGACCAGGCCGUUGACCCUAUCGGUCUGCGUCUCGACACCGCAGAGGCCAUCGAGGACGACCCAGAAGACGAGGCCUACUCCGCCGACGCCAGAGAUCUUGCUGCCCAGCUGAGCGACUUCAAGACUAGGGAGCCUCUGCAGCCUGGCGAGGAGAUUCACACUUUCCUCACCGGCGCUACUGGGUUCUUGGGAGCAUACAUCCUGCGCGACCUGUUGUCCAGACCUGGCAAGGUUACCGUUCUGGUCCGCGCAAAGGACCUCGACGGUGCGCUUGACCGCGUGCGUAAGACAUGCGAAGCGUACGGUAUCUGGGAGGACAGCUGGGAAAGCCGUCUCGAACCGCUCGUCGGUGAUCUCCAGAAGCCAAACUUUGGUCUCGAGCCCAACACAUGGAACCUUCUCUGCGACUCAGUCGACGUCGUUGUGCACAACGGUGCUCUCGUGCACUGGGUGCUACCCUACUCCCGCCUGCGCGGCCCCAACGUAGAAUCUACCAUGACCGCUCUCUCCCUCUGCUCUACCGGCAAAGCCAAGAACUUCGGUCUCGUAUCCUCCACCUCCGUCCUCGACACCGACUACUUCGUCCAGCUAUCCGAGAAAUCCGUAGCCGAAGGCGGAACCGGCGUCCUCGAAGAAGACGACCUGGAAGGCGCCCGCAAGGGCCUCGGCACAGGCUACGGCCAGUCCAAGUGGGCCGCCGAAUACAUCACGCGCGCAGCUGGCAAGCGCGGUCUCAACGGCUGCGUGAUCCGCCCUGGAUACGUCCUCGGAGACCCAGAGAACGGCACAACCAACACCGACGACUUCCUCAUCCGCAUCCUCAAGAGCUGCGUCCAGCUCAAGUCCCGCCCAGACAUCAAGAACACGAUCAACAUGGUCCCCGUCAACCAUGUCGCGCGUGUUGUCGUAUCCUCAACCUUCAACCCACCUGUAGCACCGCUCGGUGUAUCGCAGAUCACUUCGCACCCGCGCAUCACGUUCCAGCAAUUCCUCGGCUCCUUGGAAUCCUUCGGCUACAACGUCCCUGAAGUCCCAUACUCCCAGUGGAAGGCGAACAUGGAAGCCUACGUCGCGGACCGCUCCGGCACAAAGGAGGAAAACGCACUCCUCCCGCUGUACCACUUCGUCACCGGCGACUUGCCCGCCGACACAAAGGCGCCUGAGAUGGACGACAGGAAUGCGGCCAAGGCGCUCAAGGAGGAUGAGAAGUGGACGGGCCAGGAUUGGAGUGCGGGUGGUGCGGUUACGGAGGAUACGGUGGGUGUGUAUAUUAGCUAUCUCAUUGAGCUGGGUUUUAUGCCUAAGCCCGAGAAGAAGGGGUUGAAGGAUUUGUUGGCGAGUAAGCUGACAGAUGCGAUGAAGGAGACGUUGAAGACUGUCGGUGGACGGAGAGGUGUGUAGAACAAUCCCUUGAGGAGCUUUCAAGAAUGAGAGAGCAGUGAAUUCAAUCGUCCACAAAAAGCCGAUCUUGUUAUUCCGAAUAGCGAGUAGAACGUAGUCUCCAAGCUCCACGACUGCAUCAGAUAGUCGCGCAAACGUUUCCAAGUUGGUACUCAGCCCCCAAUGGAACCUAGCGUCGUCGUGCUCAACACUCGGCAAGCCGGCUUAAAAACACU